GUCUUACAGGCGCAACGGAAACGAAGGAGCAAGAGGGCCGGUGGGCAUGAACGACGUUAUUUUGUUGUUCAUUGCUUGGCACACCGAACCCACGUCAGUUCAUCUUGAGGCGCCCGACCCCUGAACUAGAUAAGUGGAGGGAAGGCGGUGGAGAGGAGUGCAUAGAGGGAGAGAAAGAGAGAGAAAGAGAGAGAGCAUCUCGAUUUCGCACAUAUGAGCCGGUUGCCAGAGGAGCAACUCUUCACGGAAAACCAGGGGCACAGUGCGAUUCAUAAAUAGGAGCUGUCUGACAAAGAAAGACAGCAUUGUACCCUGGUGCCUCGAGCCUUUGAGUCGGAUUAAGCUUGAGGGUGCAUCGCAGAUUGGAAGGAGUCUUCACAACUACUGGCUCUGACAACACGUAGAGGAGACUACUGGCAACCAUGGUGAAGGUAUCUCUACUGCUGCUUGCGACGGCGCUGAGCCUCACGGAAGCCACUAGACUCGUCAAGAGGCAAUCUUUCUCGUUUGAGUUCCCGGAAGAUGACGGCUGUACGACUCCCCGCAACGAGCCUGGCACAUGCAUCGAGCUCGCCCGCUGUCCAGACCUGCAGUCCGUGCGGGAUUACAACUUCCUGCGCCGGUACAUCUGUGGAUUUUCUCGCAACGUGCCGCUGCUCUGCUGCCCGUCCCGGCAGACCCAGCGCCCUCCCACCCAGAGGCCUCCAACUCAAAGGCCGCCUACGCAGCGCCCACCCACCCAGCGCCCACCCACCCAGCGCCCACCCACAAGGCGCCCACCUACCCCACGUCCACCCACAAGGAGGCCAGUGACACAGUCACCACCUAACGAAGAGAUCAACAAUGAGGACGGACCCAGGAUCGGGAACUACCCCAAGUUUCUUCCCGCUGCUUGUGGACAGACCAACGUCAGCGUCAGCAGGAUUGUGGGAGGACGCGAGUCAGAACCCGGAGCAUGGCCUUGGAUGGCUGCGAUUUACAUCAACAGUGGUGGCGUGAACAGCGCCGCCUGCGGGGGUGCCCUGGUCACACCGAGGCACGUGGUGACGGCCGCUCACUGCGUCGUUGUCGGACACCGAGCCACAAACCUGCCCCCGUCGGUGUUCACGAUCCGUCUGGGAGACCACAACCUGGUUCGGAGCGACGACAACGUGUCCCCGGUCGAUAUUCCCGUGGUCAAGGUGGAGCGCCACGCGGACUUCGUGCCCCGGACCUUCAAGAACGACGUGGCCGUGCUCACGAUGGAGAGGCCGGCUACGUUCAACAAGUUCGUCCGACCCGUAUGCUUACCCUACGGGAGCGACUUUGCCUCCAGAGACCUGAACGGGUACCAUGCAUUCGUCACCGGAUGGGGCACAACAGCAUUCAAUGGCGAAUCGAGCGAUGUUUUGAAGGAGGCCCAGAUCAAGAUCUGGGAUGAACCAGAGUGCAAGACUGCCUUCCAGAAAGAAGUGCCGAUCUCCGAUGUCUACCUCUGCGCAGGAGAUGGAAAUGGCAGGCAGGACUCCUGCCAGGGCGACUCCGGCGGCCCCUUGGUCCUGCCUGACAACGGACGCUUCUUCCUCGUGGGCGUUGUGUCGUUCGGCAAGCGCUGUGCAACACCGGGGUACCCAGGCGUGUACACUCGAAUCACAAAGUUCCUGCCCUGGCUCUCCGAGCGCCUGCAGUGAGCCCGGUGCCUCAAGGACGGGGCACCCCAAAGGCCAGCGUUGAAUGACCUCUCCUUUGAACAAUGGACUGAUUCCUUGAGCAUCACAGCUCGCAUCUAGGAGAGAAAGGACUUCGAGCGUGUAGGAGUCAGCAACCAGGACUAUGCGACAUUACUGCGCCACUUGAUAGCGCUGCUGCUUUUAGUAGGGAAGCGUAUCCAUGGCUACCAACAACAUCGAGUGAAAGCAUUCUUGGUUGAAAGUUUAUUUCAUCUUUCAUCUUCUGAACAUGUUCCAAUGAACUGCGCGCUAAGUGGCGGGCAGACGCUGCGCGGAUGCAGCCAUAUACAACGUGUAUGUUGAGGCAGGCUUCGGAGAACCAAGACCAAGGCACGCUGUAGGGAGUCUUUUGAAUGUGUAUAUGACACUGUUGGAUACUGGCUUGUACUCGUCAGGUGUUUCGCCGGUCUGAAGCUCUGGUGCCAAACGACGCGUGUGUAAUAUUCUAAGCCCAAAACCUUGUAACGUGUUUUUUUUUUUUUGUUGCUUGAUUAUAAAUAUUGGGCUUGUGGAACGUUGAGAACUGACAUUGUUGCGGCAGAAAGUAUUAACUGUGUUUGUUUUGACAGGAGUUUUGUUUCUGUAAUUACUGAGCGCGCGAAACAAAAGCUAUUGUAGAAUGAAUGUUGACAUUCAAUGGUAGUUGUGAUAUCAUCAUUAUUCUGAGUUAAAUUAUAUUCUGGGGUAGAAAAACCGUCGUAGGUUUACUCUUCAAUGUUGGCGAAUAUUGUUUUAAUUUAAAGCUUUCAGUGUGUGUUUUUGUUUACAUGUCUAGUUUUGUACUCCGGUAACUGUGAAGCUUGAAAGAAACGGCGAAGCACUUAUACAGCGGUAUUACUAAGUUAUAUUCAUUCAGUGAUUCGAUAAAUACUCAAGCUCCUGACUACUUGUAUUAUGAUGUAUUUUGUUCUAAGAGCGGCUAGUAUUGUGAUCAGAAGUGUUCCUUUUAUUGGAAGGCAUGCAGUGCUCGUAAAGGUUUCGUAUAUACGAGUGCUGCAUUAGGUUGAUAUAAAACACUUACACGAUUGCAGCUACAGGAUAAGAACGCCGGCUUUAUUUUGCCCCCAAUGCAAUAGAAUAAGAUACGGCUAUUUUCUGUUCGUUCUUGACUCUCGCUAAAAAACGGGCUGGCUGUAAAAAGAAGUGGGAAUUCCUGAUGACGUCAUGUGUAGCAGACGUUGAGGCGAUUUGAACUGAUCCGAUCGUGCUCGCAAAUUGUGCAAACAAUAAAUUCAUGGAAAACCA